AUGGCCACAGCCGACUCGACGGGCAAGGAUGGAAUCUUUGAUCCCUACGCGCCAUCUGCGCCGUUGACAACGAAACCGUCGUACUGGAUACCUCUGUCGCCCUUUAACGACAUGUACGACCGCUUCUCGCAAUGGCGCGCUGACCUUGGCCUGCCGCACCCGGGGACCGUGGAGAAUCUCCAAAAAGAGGUGAAGAGUACUCAUUUGUCCAAUUUCAUCUUCGACGGUGCCCGGGCGGACUUGACGAAGAGUUUGUCAAUGAACCCUCUGUUCCAAGUGACACAUUCUUUUGCUUUGGGCUCUCAAACGGCUCCUUCAUCAUACAACUUUGGGGCCAUAUUUGCCAACCAAAACAUCUUCCUGCAAGGUGGAGUGGACCACGACGGAAAUGUCAAUGCACGCUUCAACCAAGGCUGGAGUGCGCAGAAUGUCACGAAGUUCCAGGCUCAAUUUUCGAAUCAGCCCGGGCACAAUAUGAUACAGAUAGAACAUGACUACACCGGUUCCGAUUUCUCGCUGAAUGGCAAGGCCCUCAACCCCUCGCCAACGGACUUGACCGGCAUUUACGUCGGCAGUUACCUUCAGUCCUUCACUAAAAACAUCGCUCUCGGCCUCGAGACCGUGUUCCAGCGACCAUCUCCCGACCUCUCGGACACCACGACUUCCUUCCUCGCUAAAUACACCGCCGAUGACAAAAACUGGAUAGCUACUGCGCAGGUACAACCCGCGGGAAUUGUCCAGGCUACAUAUUGGCAAAAGUUGAGCGAGAAGCUGGAGGUUGCUGCGGAUCUACAGCUACUUGCCAUGCCAACGCGUCGGGACGCUGUGACGACGCUGGGAGCGAAGUACGACCUUCGGUUGGCUAGCUUCAAGGCACAGGUGGACUCAACGGGUAAGGUGUCGGCGUUGCUUGAGCAGCGGUUUACACCUGCGUUCGCAUUCCUUAUUGCUGGUGAAAUCGAUCACUUCAAGAACUCUGCGAAGGUCGGCGUCGGUGUGAUGAUUGAGAGCUCGACUCUGACACCAGAGGAAAUGGGCCUGCCUCCUCAACCAUACGGCAUAUAA